UUUACUAGGACGUCACUGCUCGCAGCACAGCUAUGGGUGCAGCAGCUGUAACUGGGCUGACUGAUGGCUUCACUAGGACGUCACUGCGAGCCGUGCAGCAGCUGGCCUUUACCGCAGCAUGAUGCAGCCAUGGUCAGGCACAGGCAGUGAGACAGGACCUGCCCAAACCUCUAUCACUGGAACAUAGAACCUUGUGAAUUCCCGGCACAAAAGGAACGUUCUAAGCCAGGCUGCAGAAACAUAGCACUGAGCACACCGAGCACAGAGGGAGGGAGGGAGGUGCAUCCAAAUGCAGCCUGGUUCUCUAACAGAUCUAGGAGGAAUAGGAUUUUAAACAGGCAGAGGAUUCAAGGAGCCACAAAUAGCUGUCUGUGUGCUGGAUGCAGACUCUGUCAUCAGCCCACUGGAACAAAAGAUGUCUUGAAAGAUGAGAAGUCCACAUACAUCUCCUGGCUGCUGCAUGCAAUGGUAGAUCCAGCCAUUGAGAGCCUGCAGUGAAGAAAACCCUGGGUUAGUGGAGAAGGAGGAGCAGGGGACAAGUAUCUCAUGUUUUUUUAAUGAGGACUACCUACCAGGAAGGGGAGAAACAGAUCUGCAGACUUCAUUUCCUCCACUGACCUCUAGUUUGCAUCCCUGGCUACUGGUAGCCAUCCUAUCUUAAUAUCUUGGACCUGUCUGGGAGAGCACUGGCUGGCUCUCUCCACCUGCAGAAGGCAUGGCCAGCCAGCAAGAUUCAGGCUUCUUUGAGAUCAGUAUCAAAUAUUUACUGAAAUCCUGGGGCAACACUUCUCCGGUGGGUAAUGGUUAUAUUAAACCACAAGUGCAACCAGUAUCUAGCACACAAAGGGAGAAAGGACCUCCAACCAUGCUGCCCAUCAAUAUCGACCCCGAGAGCAAGCCUGGCGAAUAUAUAUUAAAGAGUCUAUUUGCAAAUUUCACUACACAAGCAGAAAGAAAGAUUCGAAUCAUCAUGGCGGAACCCUUGGAAAAGCCAUUGACAAAGUCUCUUCAGAGAGGAGAAGAUCUGCAGUUUGAUCAAGUGAUAAGCUCAAUGAGCUCUUUAUCAGAUUACUGCUUACCAUCCAUACUGCGCACUUUGUUCGACUGGUACAAACGUCAGAACGGAAUCGAAGAUGAGUCACACGAAUACAGGCCCAGAACAAACACCAAAUCCAAAAGUGAUGAACAACAGAAAGAUUAUCUGAUGGAACGAAGAGAUUUGGCAAUUGAUUUUAUUUUUUCUUUAGUCCUGAUAGAAGUUUUAAAACAGAUCCCUUUACAUCCUGUCAUUGACAGCUUGGUCCACGAAGUUAUAACAUUGGCUUUCAAGCACUUUAAAUACAAGGAAGGGUACCUUGGUCCAAACACUGGAAAUAUGCAUAUAGUGGCUGAUCUAUAUGCUGAGGUUAUAGGUGUAUUAGCACAGUCAAAGUUUCCUUCUGUGAAGAAGAAAUUUAUAGCAGAGCUCAAAGAGCUACGGCAUAAAGAGCAAAACCCAUAUGUCGUUCAGAGUAUCAUCAGUCUUAUAAUGGGCAUGAAAUUUUUCCGCAUCAAGAUGUAUCCUGUAGAGGACUUUGAAGCAUCUCUACAGUUUAUGCAGGAAUGUGCACACUACUUCCUGGAAGUAAAAGAUAAAGAUAUCAAGCAUGCCUUGGCCGGCUUAUUUGUGGAAAUUCUUGUACCGGUUGCUGCAGCAGUGAAGAACGAAGUAAAUGUCCCUUGUCUUAGAAAUUUUGUGGAGAGUCUUUAUGAUACGACCCUUGAACUUUCCUCCCGAAAAAAGCAUUCACUGGCGCUGUACCCUCUGGUAACCUGUCUGCUUUGUGUCAGUCAAAAACAAUUUUUUCUAAACCGGUGGCAUAUUUUUCUCAACAACUGCUUGUCAAACCUCAAGAAUAAAGAUCCUAAAAUGGCACGUGUUGCACUGGAAUCUCUCUACAGACUACUAUGGGUGUAUAUGAUUCGAAUAAAAUGUGAAAGCAAUACAGCUACUCAGAGCCGUCUCACUACCAUUGUUGGAACCCUCUUCCCAAAAGGUUCCCGAGGGGUGGUUCCACGGGAUAUGCCGCUAAACAUCUUUGUAAAAAUCAUACAGUUCAUUGCACAGGAGCGUUUGGAUUUUGCCAUGAAAGAAAUCAUUUUUGACCUUUUAUGUGUAGGAAAAGCUGCAAAAGCUUUCAGUCUUAACCCAGAGAGAAUGAAUAUAGGAUUAAGGGCCUUCUUGGUGAUUGCUGACAGUUUACAGCAAAAAGAUGGGGAGCCUCCCAUGCCUGUCACCGGAGCUAUUCACCCCUCUGGAAACACACUUCGUGUUAAAAAGACCUACCUUAGUAAAACUCUUACGGAAGACGAAGCGAAAAUGAUCGGAAUGUCUGUGUAUUACCCUCAAGUCCGGAAAGCUGUAGAUAAUAUAUUACGCCACCUUGACAAGGAAGUGGGACGAUGCAUGAUGAUGACAAACGUGCAGAUGUUAAACAAGGAACCUGAAGACAUGAUCACAGGGGAGCGGAAGCCAAAGAUUGACCUCUUUAGGACAUGUGUAGCUGCUAUUCCUAGACUGUUGCCUGAUGGGAUGUCAAAGCUUGAACUGAUUGACUUACUUUCAAGACUGUCCAUACACAUGGACGAUGAACUACGACACAUUGCACAGAACUCUCUUCAGGGUCUCCUUGUUGACUUUGUGGAUUGGAGAGAAGACGUAUUAUUCGGUUUCAUCAAUUUUCUGCUACGGGAAGUUAAUGAUACACAUCAAACCCUCCUCGAUACAUCUCUCAAAUUACUGCUACAGUUACUCACACAAUGGAAACUCGUCAUACAGACUCCGGGGAAAGCUCACGAACAGGCGAAAAUCAGGGCGUCAGAGCUUAUACCGAAUGGUUCUAGCCAUCGAAUCCAGUCUGAGAGAGGUCCUUAUUCCAAUGUGUUACAUGCCGUGGAAGGGUUUGCUCUAUUGCUACUGUGUAGUUUUCAGCUGGCUACUAGGAAAGUUGCCGUUUUAAUUCUCAAGGAAAUCCGGGCUUUGUUUAUUGCCCUUGGACAAGCAGAGGAAGAUGACAAGCCUAUGAUUGAUGUUUUGGAUCAACUUAGUCCUUCGAUACUUGAAAGUUUUAUUCAUGUCACCGUAUCAGACUCGGUCCCGCUGCCAUUCACUCAAAAUGUGGAUUUGCAGUGGCUGGUGGAAUGGAAUGCUGUAUUGGUAAACAGUCAUUACGAUGUAAAAAGUCCUUCUCAUGUGUGGAUCUUUGCUCAGUCUGUUAAAGACCCAUGGGUCCUUUGCCUCUUCACUUUCCUACGGCAGGAGAAUUUACCCAAACAUUGCCCUACAGCUCUCAGCUAUGCCUGGCCAUAUGCAUUCACCAGACUGCAACUUUUGAUGCCUUUAGUGGAUCCUAAUAGCCCAAUUAAUGCAAAGAAGACCAGCACAGCAAGCAGCGGGGACAACUAUGUUACUCUCUGGAGAAAUUAUCUAAUUCUUUGUUUUGGAGUAGCAAAACCUAGCAUCAUGAGUCCAGGUCAUCUACGAGCAUCAACCCCAGAGAUCAUGGCGACUACCCCAGAUGGUUCCAUAAGCUACGAUAACAAGGUGAUAGGGACACCUUCAGUUGGAGUUUUGCUAAAGCAGUUGGUGCCUUUAAUGAGACUUGAGAGCAUAGAAAUUACUGAAUCACUGGUACUGGGAUUUGGUAGAACCAAUGCUCUGGUUUUCAGAGAGUUAGUGGAGGAACUCCACCCUCUGAUGAAGGAAGCCCUAGAACGCAGACCAGAGAACAAAAAACGACGAGAACGCAGAGAUCUAUUGAGAUUGCAAUUGUUGCGGAUAUUUGAAUUAUUGGCUGAUGCUGGCGUUAUAAGUGACAAUACUAAUGGAGCGUUGGAGAGAGACACACUAGCACUCGGAGCUUUGUUUCUGGAGUAUGUGGACCUCACUAGGAUGCUUCUAGAAGCUGAAAAUGAUAAGGAAGUGGAAAUCCUUAAAGACAUCCGAGCGCAUUUCAGUGCAAUGAUCGCCAAUCUCAUACAGUGUGUCCCAGUACACCAUCGGAGGUUCUUGUUCCCGCAGCAGAGCUUACGGCAUCACCUUUUCAUCUUGUUCAGUCAAUGGGCUGGUCCGUUCAGCAUCAUGUUCACUCCUCUGGACCGUUACAGUGACAGGAAUCAUCAGAUUACAAGAUAUCAAUACUGCGCUCUAAAGGCAAUGUCUGCUGUCCUGUGCUGUGGCCCAGUUUUUGACAAUGUGGGAUUGUCUCCAGAUGGUUACCUUUACAAAUGGCUUGAUAACAUUCUGGCUUGUCAGGAUCUCAGGGUUCACCAGCUUGGCUGCGAAGUGGUUGUGUUGCUUCUGGAACUUAAUCCCGACCAAGUUAAUCUCUUUAACUGGGCCAUUGACCGUUGCUACACUGGAUCAUACCAGCUUGCUUCGGGAUGUUUUAAAGCUAUUGCAACAGUUUGUGGAAACAGGAAUUAUCCUUUUGACAUUGUGACUCUCUUGAACCUCGUACUUUUUAAGGCAUCUGAUACCAACCGAGAGAUCUAUGAAAUCUCUGUGCAGUUAAUGCAGGUCCUUGAAGGGAAGCUCUUCGUAUAUUCAAAAAAAGUUGCAGAGCAGAAGCCUGGAAGCAUUUUGUUUGGAACACAUGGAAUCCUGCCCCCUCUGUACAGUGUGUCCCUGAUCAUGCUGUCCAAUGAGCUGGCUCGCAUGUACCCGGAGCUAACACUGCCACUGUUUUCAGAAGUGAGUCAAAGAUUUCCAACAACUCACCCUAACGGCCGGCAGAUCAUGCUUACCUAUCUGCUUCCAUGGCUCCAUAACAUCGAGCUUGUGGAUAGCCGGCUUCUGCUCCCAGAUUCCAGCCCAAGCACCCCAGAAGAUGAUACCAGUGACCGCGAUGAAGCAGCAAAUAUGUGUGGGCUGAAAGGAAAUGGCUGGGGGUCGCCAGAGGCUACUUCUUUAGUCCUCAAUAAUCUCAUGUAUAUGACUGCAAAGUAUGGAGAUGAAGUUCCAGGACAGGAGGUAGAAAAUGCGUGGAAUGCAUUGGCCAACAAUGAAAAAUGGAGCAACAACCUUAGAAUAACAUUGCAGUUUCUAAUUAGUCUGUGUGGAGUCAGCAGCGACACAACCUUAUUGCCUUAUAUUAAAAAAGUCGCCAUAUACUUGUGCAGAAAUAACACGAUUCAGACGAUGGAGGAGCUUCUCUUUGAGCUGCAGCAGACUGAUCCAGUGAAUCCAAUAGUUCAACAUUGUGAUAACCCUCCCUUCUAUCGCUUUGCCGCAAGCAACAAGGCCUCCGCAGCUCUCUCCAGAACCACAUCAAGUAGUAAUACAGUUGUACCAGGACAAGAUGGCUUCCCUGACUUUGACGAUAGCCGAGCCAUUAAAGACACAGAUGACAGGUUUAGCAAUGUGAUCCGGGCUCAUACCAGACUGGAAUCGAGGUAUAGCAAUAGUUCAGGAGGAUCAUACGAUGAUGAAAAAAAUGAUCCUGUUUCUCCUUAUAUCAGCUGGAUGUUAAAUAUUGUAGAAAGUAAUCAGCCGCAGCCCUUGCCGAUGCCUUGCAAUGGGGGAUGCUGGGCACCUCUUGUUGAUUAUCUCCCAGAAACCAUAACGCCACGAGGACCACUUCAUAGGUGUAACAUCGCUGUUAUCUUCAUGACCGAAAUGGUGGUAGAUCACAGUGUGAGAGAAGACUGGGCCCUUCACCUGCCUCUCUUGCUUCAUGCGCUCUUUCUGGGCCUGGAUCAUUACCGUCCAGAAGUGUUUGAACACAGUCGAAAACUUCUUCUCCACCUACUUAUUGCCCUCUCGUGUAACGGCAAUUUCUCAAGCAUCGCUUCUGUCCUCCUUCAGGCUCGAGAAAUUAAUGAGGCUAAGACACUGACUGUGCAGUCAUCCUGCCCAUCGGAAUAUCCUUAUACAGGUGGCUUCGACUUUCUGCGGGAGUACCAGUCAUCCCCGGUGCCAGACUCUGGUUUGAGUUCAAGUUCUACCUCCUCCAGUAUCAGUCUGGGAGGAAGCAUGGGGAACAUCCCCCAGAUCAGUCAGGAGAUCGAGGAUGUUGACACAUCAGGCGAGACAGAUGAAAAAGCCAACAAGUUAAUUGAGUUCCUGACUACCAGAGCUUUUGGCCCCCUGUGGUGCCAUGAGGACAUUACACCCAAGAAUCAGAAUUCAAGGAGUGCUGAUCAGCUGACUAAUUUCCUGAGACAUGUUGUAUCUGUAUUUAAAGACUCCAAAUCAGGCUUUCACUUGGAACAGCACCUGAGUGAGGUUGCCUUGCAAACUGCUCUUGCCAGCUCUUCUCGACAUUAUGCUGGCCGUUCCUUUCAAAUCCUCCGUGCACUCAAACAGCCGCUCUCUGCACAUGCGUUGUCCGAUCUUCUUUCCAGGCUGGUUGAGGUUAUCGGAGAAUACGGUGAUGAGAUUCAGGGUUAUGUAAUGGAAGUGCUCCUUACGUUGGAAUCGGCGGUGGAUAAUUUAUCGGACUGCCUGAAGAACAGUGAUCUGCUGGCUGUGCUUUCUCGAUCUUCAUCGCCAGACCUGACUUCAAAUGCCAAGCUAACAGCAAACCGUAAAAGUACUGGGCAGCUAAAUAUUAAUUCCGGUGUAAUAAGUGGAAAUGUCAGCACAGCUGAACGUAGCAGACACCAGAGGAGCUUUUCUGUCCCCAAGAAAUUUGGGGUGGUGGAUAAAUCCUCGGAUCCACCACGCAGUGCCACGUUAGACAGAAUUCAAGCAUGCACUCAGCAAGGAUUUUCUCCUAAAACGAAAAGCACAUCUUCUCUGAAGGACAAUGUCACAGAUCCAUCUCACAUCAACAAUCCAACUAAUCUCUUGGCCACAAUAUUUUGGGUUGCAGUAGCCUUAAUGGAGUCUGAUUUUGAGUUUGAAUAUUUCAUGGCAUUGAGACUCUUGAACAAACUUUUGUCUCAUUUACCUUUGGACAAAUCCGAGAACAGAGAGAAGCUUGAGAAGCUACAAGGACAACUCAAAUGGGCAGAUUUUUCAGGGCUACAACAGCUUCUGCUUAAGGGAUUCACCUCCCUCACAACAACUGAUUUAACACUCCAUCUGUUCAGUAUGCUUACUCCUGUCUCACGCAUCCCCAUGGUGGACUCUUCACAAGUCAUAGGAUUCCCUCUGAAUAUUCUGUGUUUGAUGCCACACCUGAUCCAUCACUUUGACAACCCGAAUCAUUUUUGUAAAGAGAUUGCUGAAAGAAUAGCACAGGUUUGCCUUGAAGAAAAAAAUCCUAAAUUGUCUAAUCUCGCUCACGUGAUGACACUGUAUAAAACCCACAGCUACACAAGAGACUGUGCUACGUGGGUGAACGUGGUGUGCCGAUACCUACAUGAAGCCUUCACUGAUGUUACCCUUAAUAUGGUGACUUACCUGGCAGAGUUGUUAGAAAAAGGCCUCCCUAGUAUGCAGCAAUCUCUCCUGCAACUUAUCUACAGUCUCCUCUCUCACAUGGACAUGUCCCUCAUUCCUGGAAAGCAGUUUAACGUGGAGGUGUUAAAGAUCAUUGAGAAAUACGUGCAGAGUAUCCACUGGAAAGAAGCGCUGAACAUUUUGAAGCUAGUUGUGUCCCGUUCCGCCAGCCUUGUGUUACCAGCAUAUCAACAUGGGGACUUGACAAAGCUGGAGAUCAGUCGACUCUGGACAAGUUCUUCCAAAGAGCUUCCUGGAAAGACGCUUGAUUUUCAUUUUGACGUGUCACAGACACCAAUUAUUGGAAGAAGAUUUGAUGACUUGCAGAGUUCAGAAGGACGCGAUGGGAAGUCGAGAGCCCUGCCAGUGACUCGGAGCACGUCUUCCACAUCUUCUGGCUCCAACUCCAAUGCAUUAGUACCUGUUAGUUGGAAACGACCUCAGUCCUCACAGAAAAAGACAAGGGAAAAGUUGGUGAACGUUCUCACCCUGUGUGGUCAAGAGGUUGGACUCAGCAAGAACCCCUCAGUCAUUUUCUCUUCAUGCGGUGAUCUGGAUUUGAUUGAACAUCAAACAAGCUUGGUAUCCUCAGAAGACACCAUCCGGGAACAAGAUAUCAUGGACGAUACCAACAGCGAACAGCAGUUCCGUGUUUUCCGGGACUUUGAUUUCCUGGAUGUUGAGCUAGAAGAUGGAGAGGUGAGAAACGGUGAAAGCAUGGAUAACUUCAACUGGGGUGUACGCAGGCGCUCCCUUGACAGCCUCGAUAAGUGUGAUAUACAGCUCAUGGAGGAAAGCCAACUCUCAGGAAGUACACAUAGCCUGACCAAACUCAACCAGGAUGACUCAGACGAAUCUUCAGAAGAAGAAGAUCUCACCACAAGCCAGAUUCUGGAGCCCUCUGAUUUAAUCAUCAGCCUCUCGCCUUCCGAUGAGACCAAUCAUAUGGAGUCUCCGUCCACAUCUUGUGGCACAACCUCUGCUGACCCCCACUCCCUUAACACAAGAACCUCUAGUUUUGAAGCCUCUUUGCCUGAAAUAACUAAUCCACUGUUAUCUGAAGAUUCUAAGGGCGAUGUUGCUCUGGAUGAAGAUGAUGCCACAGUACAGGAGGAUGACUUGUCUGGCUCAAUGAAUGAAAUGCCUGUAGUGUUUCACUGCAAUGAUGGGUUUAGCCUAGAAAUGGCUGACGAAGAAAAAGAUGACCAUGCGCUGGAGCAGUAUGCGUUAACAAGCUUUGGUGAAGGUGACCGAGCAACGCCACCACCUCCUUCUCCUUUCUUCUCUGCCAUUUUGGCUGCAUUUCAACCCACGGUUUGUGAUGAUGCAGAAGAAGCAUGGCGCAGUCAUAUCAAUCAGCUGAUGUCCGACUCAGACGGGUCCUGUGCAGUGUACACAUUUCAUGUGUUCUCUUCCUUGUUUAAGAGUAUCCAGAAACGGUUCUGUUUCCUCACCUGUGACGCAGCCGGUUACCUUGGAGACAGCCUUCGAGGGAUUGGGUCAAAAUUUGUGAGCACGUCACAGAUGCUAACUCUUUGUUCAGAGUGCCCCACUCUCUUUGUAGAUGCUGAAACUCUGUUGUCUUGUGGGCUUCUGGAAAAGUUAAAGUUCAGUGUCUUGGAACUACAGGAAUAUUUGGACACGUACAACAACAGGAAGGAAGCAACUGUAUCCUGGCUAAAAAACUGUAAAUCAACAUUUGCUGGGGGCUCAAAAGAUGGAGUAAUCACCUGUCAACCUGGGGAUUCAGAAGAGAAACAAAUGGAAUGUCUUGCACAAUUGGAGCUCUGUCAAAGAUUGUAUAAGCUUCACUUCCAACUGCUACUGCUUUUUCAGUCUUAUUGUAAACUAAUUGGACAGGUCCACGAAGUAAGCUCCAUGCCUGAGUUGCUUAAUAUGUCAAGAGAACUCAAUGAACUGAAGAAGAACCUCAAGGAGGCAACAGUAUAUAUAGCAACUGAGUCUCUCACUUCAGAUCCUCCUCCCUACGAAGCAAGUUUUAGCUCCACAGAGUUCGCCAUACAGUCUAUGCUGGAGUGUUUGAAGAACAAUGAGCUUGGCAGAGCGUUACGACAAAUUCGGCACUGCAGGAAACUGUGGCCUAAUGACAUCUUUGGCAGCAGCGCAGAUGAUGAGGUCCAGACUCUCCUGAACAUCUAUUUUCGCCAUCAGACACUGGGUCAGACCGGUACAUACGCUCUUGUGGGCUCCAAUCAAAACCUCACUGAUAUCUGCACCAAGCUAAUGGACCUUAACAUGGAGAUUCGAGACAUGAUUCGUAGGGCGCAGAAUUACCGCGUCAUCUCCACUUUUCUCCCUGAUUCCAGUGUUUCUGGCACCAGUCUCUGACACGACACUGGUGCCCAUCCAUUCUUUCGGGUGGAGUACAAUGUCCUGCUGGUGUGAGGUCCUUCAGUACCUACAUGGUCCUUCGUAGACUUGGUCAGGCUUUUAUCACCCCUGUUAACUUUAAGACAUUCUAUGAAACAGAAGGAGACUGAUCCAAUCUGUAGCAAUACUACAGGAACCAUGGUCUAGCAGUAGAACAGCAGUCAUGGAUGAUCUACUUCUUGUUAUCCUCCCUGUUCUCAUCUUACUAUAAUUCACUACUGAAGAAAUGACUUCUGUUACAUACCAAAGUCUAAUAUACUGAAUAUUCCUUCCGUUCUAUAAACCUUUAACUUUAGAGUGGAAAAAGUGCAAUGUUCUCUUUACAAAAGAAUGUACAUAUAUAUUUUUUGUUGCUCUCGAAAUACUUUUUAUCAUUUAUUUUCUCUGGAUGGACAGUCAACAGGCAGAAUGAGGCUGGCCACAGAUGAAUACUGGUUGUUAUUAUUGGUCAAUAGCUGAGAGCCUGUGUAAAGGCUGAUUGUAAUGAGAUUGUAAUUAUCCUGUACACUGUAAUUUGAGAAUGAUUACUGUAUCUUAUGCUGCUAUGACUGACAUUUCCUAGACCCCCUGUUCGAAAGGUACUGCGGGAUCAUAUAGUAAUGAAAUGAAUGGGUCAAAUUACCUAGGAAGGUUUAGAUCAUCAUUUCUUUUCUUUUCUUCUUUUUUUUUUUUUUUUUUCUUCCAGAUCCUGGCUUCUUUUCUUUUUUUUGUUGUUUCGUUUUAUUUAUGUUUUUUUUGGUUUUGGGGGAUUUUUUUUUUCCUUUUAUGAAAGGGUUGCUUUUAUGUAUAUUUAUAGUAUGAAAAGAAAGGUAUGAUAUGAUUUAACAACCAUUCGGAAAGUGGAUGUUUAAAGACUGACUUUAUCUUUCUCAUCACGCAUGCAUCAUUUUCUUUUAUGUAUGUUUGGAUUCUAAAAAGUCUAAAUAUUAUGGAGUUUUUAAUUUUAUUUUUAAGUGGAACUGAACUGCAGUGUGUGUGUUUAUGUGUGUGUGUUUGUGUGUGUGUGUAUAUAUAUAUAUAUAUAUAUAUACACACACACACACACACUGUACGCACACAUAUAUGCAUCCUUGAAUUUUCUGCUGACAGUGUGAUUUGGAUUGCAUGAAAAUCUUUUGCACAUCUGAAGCCCUUCCACUCACACACUCUGUGUUAACUUAUUCACUCUGUACAUAAACUUCAGUUUUGUGGCGUAAUUAAGAUUAUUUUUGUUGAGUACAUUCACUGAAAUAUACAAUCUAUGACUCUGUCGCUA